UUCGGCCGCGGGCCAUGGGGCAGAUCGAGUGGGCCAUGUGGGCGAACGAGCAGGCGCUCGCCGCCGGGCUCAUUCUGCUGACGGGCGGGGUCGUGGCCGUGGCGGGGCAGUUCCAGGGCUGGUACUUCGCGGCCUAUUCCAUCGCGGCAGGGCUCCUGGUGUGCCUGCUCGAGUACCCCCGGAGCAAGCGCCAAAAGGGCUCCACCAUGGAGAGGUGCGGCCAGAAGUACCUGACAGCCGUGGUGAAGCUGCUGGGGCCCCUCACCAGGAAUUAUUACAUCCGAGCCAUCCUCCACGCCGCCCUGGCUGUCCCUGCCGGAUUCCUCCUCUCCACCAUCCUGGGCACCGUCUGCCUGGGCAUCGCCAGCGGCAUCUACCUGCUGGCUGCAGUGCGAGGGGAGGAGUGGAGACCCAUCGAGCAGAAGCCCCGGGAGCGGCCCCAAGUGGGGGGCACCAUCAAGCAGCCCCCCAGCAACCCCCCGCCCCGGCCGCCCCCCGACGCCCGCAAGAAGCAGCCGGAGGUGGGGGGGCAGGUGAACCCCAUCCCUGUGGAGGUGGAAUAAUGGGGGAUCCUCCUGCCCCCCUGCUCCUGGGGAUCCCCAAAGCCCCGGGGCUGCUGAGCUCCUGCUGGGGGUCCCCUGCUCCUGGUGAUGCUCAGAUCCCUGGGAUCAUCAGUUCCCCCUGAGCACCCCAAAUCCCCAAAUCUGGGGUGCCCAGCUCCUGGUUAUCUCCAGAUCCCCAGCAAUGCUCAGCUCCUUGUAGGAUCUGUCUCCCUGUAGGAUCUCCAUCUCCUGCAGAUCCCCAAAUCCCUUAAGAAGCUCAGCUCCCAAAUUCCCAGCGAUGUGAUGCUCCUUGUGGGGUUUCCAGCCCUCAGGAGCUUCCCAGUUUCUGGAGAUUCCCAAAUCCCUGGGCCUGCCCAACUCCCUGUGGGGUCUCCAGCUCCCAGGAACUCCCCAGCUCCUGCACCUCCCCAAAUCCCCAAGAAUCUUCAGCUUCCUGUGGGGUCUGCAGCCCCCAAGGCCUUCCCAGUUCCUAAGGAUCCCCCAAAUCCCUGUGAGUCUGCAGUUCCUGGGAAACCCCGGAUCCCUGGGCAUGCUUAGCUCCCUGAGGGUCCCAACUCCCCAAGCACCCCCCAGUUCCCUGGGGGAUCCCCAAAUCCCCGUGGAACUCCAGCUCACAGGGAAUCCCCAGCUCCCGGGGGGAUCAGGCAGCUCUCCCUGGUUUUUGUCAUUUCUGCAGUUGCUGUUGCAAUAAAAAGUGGGAAAGGCA